AUGGUAUUCCCUAGGUUUGGCAGUCUAUCUAAGCCUGUCGGAGAGCAGAGGGAUGCUGAAGGUCGCACGAUGGGCAUCGGAAGGGCUAAGCCAAAAACAGUUUGUCCUUUCGAGUUGGGAAUAAAGAUUGAGUCUCCACCAUGUGUGCUAUAUGGUUCCGCGCUGGAAUCUACGGGAGCGCUGCUGAAUGGACUGCUAAUAUUAGAUGUAAAGAAGAAGGCAGAGCUUACUGGGACAGACUGGCAUGGUUUGAAGCUGUCGUCGCGGCUGGGAAGCUACUCGAUGUCAAAGUCACGUGCCGGGGGCAAAGCUCCGGUCAGGCAGCAUAGUGCUGUCGGGGGCUCUGCAUAUAGCCCGGUGGAUGAGACAGAGGAAGGUGUUUAUCUGACUGGGCUUAAGUUGAGGAUGAUCCAACAUGUUAGGUACGGUAAGCCAUUUGUUCCUAACUCGCACGUAAUAGCUUCGUGUGGAAGCUGUAAGAAGAGAGAUACUGACUUGGCAAAGUGGGAUGUUCUGAAGGCUGCGAAAUGGGUAGCUUCUGGUCAGCAUUCUUACCCUUUUUCAUAUCUGGUUCCAGGUCAUAUUUCUUCUACUUGUUCUCUUGGUUCUGGAGGAGGGACGAAAAUCAGCUAUGAACUACUAGCGGAAGCAUCGUACCGAUACAAAGGUGCUGAUGUUGAAGGGAAAGAUGAGCAUAUUGUUUUGAGUGUGCCUGUUGCUGUAACUAGAAGUAUCCUACGUGGGCCUGAAAAAAACUCUUUACGUGUGUUUCCUCCCACAGACGUUGUAGCUGCAGCAUUGUUACCAAAUGUGAUCUAUCCGACAUCUACGUUCCCUCUAGAACUUAGAUUAGACGGGGUUUGUUCAGAAGGUCGAAAAUGGAGAAUGAGAAGAUUGACUUGGCGCAUAGAUGAGAAGGUCCGUGUGAAAUCCCAUGCAUGUCCUUUGCAUAUGAGUAAACUGAAAGUGUUGGAAGAUGAGGUCAAAGAGAAGCAAGCUAGGAAUGCGAAAAAACCGAUACGACCAAUUAAAAGAACUCCCGACAUGGGUCCCCAAGUAACGGUUGCUGCACACACACCAGAGAACCCUGCUUUUGAAAUUAGCCAGAAUACUGGAAGACGCGAUUCGAAUAAUGCAAAUUUAUAUGACCAAACUACAUCAAGUGCGGCUUCUAACGUCUUUGUCCAUCCUAGCGAUCAUGCAAUGCAGCAGGAGUUGCACGAACAGAAUGAGAGACUUCGACGUCAACAGCUGGAAGAAGAGCAGAAACAGGAGACUACAAUAUACACAGAAGAAAUUCGAACACUUGCAAGUGAAGAUAUAAAUAGUGGAUGGAAGAGCGAUUUUAGCGAAACUGGUAAAAUUGAACUGGUUAUUGACGUCGACUGUACCAAGCUUCACUCCGGUGUGUCAAACCCUGUGAAUUAUGUAUCAACCGCAAGGCCGUUUGUUCCACCGCCAUCUCAUCCUGCAAAUGUAGCGUGUGAUAUUGAGGAUCACGCGCUAGGUAUAUUUGUUAGUCAUUUGCUUUCCGUCGAAAUUAUUGUUGCUGAGGAAGUUUUACAGUAUUCAAAUGGGCAACCAAUAAAUGAGAGCCCUCAUGUACACCCUGGUGCUGCAGAAAAGGUAAGUACAGGUACAUCUACUAAUUCUGAUCACCGGCUGGCAGAGUUAUCACCUAUGUUUGCAAAUCGAAAUCAUAAUAGUCAGCGAAGGGUUUCUGAAACCGGAUUUACCGAUGAGAUUGGUACCGCUACUCAAACACCUUUGAGCUCUCGAAUUGUUGGAGUACCUACUGGUGCAGCUCGAGUUUUAAGGAUGCAAUUUAGGUUAGUUAUGACAGAGCGUUCUGGUAUUGGAAUAUCCUGGGACGAUGAAGUUCCACCGACUUACCAGGCUGUUAAACAUUUGUCUCCCCCGGGUUAUUAUGAUAUACCAGUAAAGCAAUUAUCAACACCAUCGAACACACAUACCCUACAUGAUGUUUCCAUUGAUUCAGCAGGCUCUGUGAGUGGAUCACAAACUUCCAUAGAAUUAAGCAAACUUACACUUUCUCCCUCAGUUUCAAAUCCUCAUAUUAAUGGAAGUGAUCCGAUAAGUCUUUCCAUUGAGGAUAGUAGAGUAGAUAGUGGUGAAAACAUAAUGGUAAUUCAAGGAAACGUAUUUGGCGAGUCAAGCACACUAACUCCACAUCCAACGAGGAAUAUUCGCGUUGUUAAUAUGUCUGAGCUAUUGGACACCAAUAGGAUUACACAAUAA